AUGUCGCUUCUACCUGGCUUGUCCCUCUCGGCGCCAUCGACAGCGACACCACAACCAGACGCUGGGUCGCAUGCGCCUCCACGAACCGAAGAGCUGCCCGCGCGCUCAGAACUACGUUUCGAGGUCGCUUUCGCCAAAUCAUACCGCAUGCGCCUAGUACGAGGAACAGCAGAGAUAUUUGGCAGCGAGCUAGCGCCUAGUACAACCUACACCUUCAGCGGAACAAAAGGCGCUGUUUUCACAUGGCAUGGCUGCACCUUAGAGCUGCAGGGCGAGGUCGACAGUGAAUAUGUCGGAUCGGAAACAGAGGCCAUGGUGGAAUGGCUGAACGUCCACGGCAUGCUGGAAACAGCGCGCGACGAUGCUGGAACGGGCAGGGACAGCAAUGGCGGCCCUCGCGUUCUGAUCGUAGGCCCUGACGAUAGCGGCAAGACAAGUUUGCUCAAGUGCUUGACGGCAUGGAGCCUGAAGAUGGGAAGGACACCGACAGUCGUCAACAUGGACCCACGCGAAGGCCUACUUAGCAUCCCCGGUAGUCCGAGUGCAGUCACAAUGGGCAGCAUGCUGGAUGUUGAAGAUGGCUGGGGAAGCAGUCCGGUUUCUGGUCCUACUGGAGUGCCUGUCAAGACACCACUGGUCUACCACUUCCCUUUGCCUGUCACCAGCAGACUCGAGGAAGACGACGAAGCAAAGCAGAGCGGCAUCAUAAUCGACACACCUGGAAGUGUCAACCAACCCAAAGGCGGUUACGAUCUCCUCAUGCACAUCAUAUCAGAAUUCAGCAUCAACGUCGUUCUCACACUAGGCUCGGAGAGAUUGUACAACGAUUUGUUACGCAAGUUCGGCAGCCCCAAGAGCUCCGAUGAUGUGGUUCACGUCUUUCGCAUAUCAAAGUCAGGCGGCGCCGUGGCCGGAGAUGAAGCACUCAUGCGUCAAGCUCGUCAGCAACAAAUUAAGAACUACUUUUUCGGGGACAGCAGAACAUCACUGAACCCACACGGCCAAUGGUGGGACUUUGGCGAUUUGACCGUCUACAAGGCAGUGGAUCCUUCGGUAUCACACGCGCAAUCUUCCUUUAUGCCUGGUAUGGACUAUGAUGACGAAUCAGCGCCUGGUCAAGGCCCUGCAACAUCACUGGAGAAGGUGACACCGAGUCAAGGAAUGGUCAAUGCAAUCUUGUCAGUCAAGUUCUGCUCGGGAAACUCGUCACUGGAUAACGUGCGCGACAGUUGUGUCAUGGGAUUUGUCUACGUAGCCGAGGUGGAUGAAACUAGGAAAAGGUACGGUUCCUGGCACCGCAUCCCAGCAGAUGGGGUGAUCGAGCAUUGGUUUGGGGCAAUUGGCCCGAAGGCGUCGGUGACUUGGUUGCAUAGAAAAGUGGUUGGAGAUUUCACAAGAGCGUGGCGUUAG